AUGCUAAAUUUUAUAGUUUUAUUUAUUUUAUUUUUAUUAUGUUCACCCUCUUUACAAAUUAAUAUAGAAACAGGAGAAAAACAACCAAAUAUUUAUAAAAAUUAUGAUAUAUCAAUACUUAAAAAAGAAUAUGAAUCAAUAAUUAAAGAUCAUAAUAUAAAUGAUGUUGAUUAUGAAAAAGAUUUAUCAAAUAUAUAUACUCAAUUAAACAAUAUACAGUUUUCAAAUAUUACAAAUUUUAAUAAUUUAGAUUGGUUUUUAAAUUUAAUUAAUAAUCAAACAAAUAUUAAUAAUGGUAUCGAAAACAAUAGUAAUAAUAAUGAAAAUAUUAAUGAAAAAUUAAAUAUUGGUAUAAUUGUUUCAAGUUUUGAAGGAAUGUAUUCAACAUCUGGUAUUGGUACAGUUUAUUCUAUACUUUCAGAUUUUUUAGUAAAGACUGGUAAAUAUAAUGUUACAGUAAUAUAUACAAGAGAUGAUCCACCCGAGAAAAAGAGUUUUUAUAAUUGGAAAGUCGAUCUUAAAGAGAGAGGUAUCAAUUUAGUUCAUUUACCAUCAUCUGUGAUUAGAGUUGAUAAUCCAUUGUUUGUUAGAAAAUCCUAUCAAGUUUAUCAAUAUCUCAAGACUCAAUCAUUUGAUGUUUUACAUUUCCCAGAUUUUGAAGGUAUGGCAUAUUAUAGUUGUUUGGCCAAAAUCAAUGGUGUAGAGAAACAAUUUCAAAAUGUUACCAUUGUAAUUGGUCUUCAUGGUCCAUCUUCUUGGGUUAGUAAAUCAAAUACAAAAAAGGUCUCACUGGAUCACGAUCAAGUUGAAUUGGAUUUUAUGGAAAGAAAAUCAGUUGAAAUGGCCGAUAUCAUUUGGACACCAAGUAAUUAUAUCGUUAGUUGGUUAAUAAAAGAGGUUGGUUGGACAAUUCCACAAGAGAAUCUUUAUCUAUUACCUUUUCUUCCACCUCCAUCUCCAUCAACUGCAAUCACCAACAAUAAGAAAACUUCAAGUUCAAUUAAAGAAAUUGUAUUUUUCGGUCGUUUAGAACAAAGAAAAGGUAUAGUUUUAUUUUGUGAUGCUUUAGAUCAAUUGGUUUCAAAUUCAAAUUAUAAAUCAUUAUCAAAUUUAAAGAUUACAUUUUUGGGUCGUUCUUCUGAUAUCAUCGUUACUGAACCAAAUGGUGGUGGUGGAAAGGUUGAUGCAAUUUAUUAUAUUAGAGAUCGUUCAAUUAAUUGGCCAUUUGAAAUUAAAUAUUUAGAUGAAAAAUCAUCAAGUCAAGCAAUCGAAUAUUUAACUGAUGAUUUACAUAAAUUGGUAGUUAUUCCAUCAUUAGAAGAUAAUGCACCUUAUACUCUCUAUGAAUGUCUUUACAAUAGAAUACCAUUCAUUGCUUCACAUCAACUUUCAAUGGUACCACUUAUUGAAUUAAAUGAUCAAUCUACAGUACUCUUUGAAAUUGAUUCUAAAUCAUUAUCAGAGAAAUUAGAUCAAAUUUUAUUAAAUGGUAAACAUUUAAUUGGUCAUCCAAUCAUUUCAAAAGAAAAAUCAGAAUCUGCUUGGUUAAAAUUUUAUUCAACUACAAUUUUUACAAAUUCAAUUAAAAAUAGAAAACAAUUUAUUUUAAAAUCAACACAACAACAACAACAACAACAACCAUUAGUAACAAUAUGUUUAACUCAUUUUAAUAGACCAAACUUUUUAAAACAAUCAAUUGAAUCAAUUGAAAAUCAAGAUUAUAAAAAUUUUGAAGUAAUUUUAGUUGAUGAUGGUUCAACUUCAAUUGAAUCAAUUGAUUAUCUUUAUUCAUUAAAAGAUAAAUUCAAAGAGAAAGGUUGGAAAAUUAUUAUGACUGAAAAUAAAUAUUUAGGUGCUGCUCGUAAUACUGCUGCCUCUCAAGCCAAAGGUAAAUAUUUAAUGUUUUUAGAUGAUGAUAAUUAUAUGUAUCCAAAUGCAAUUUCAACCUAUGUUUCAAUCGCUACAAAUACAAAUGCCAAUGUUGUUAGUUCACCACAUUCAAUAUUUAAUUCAACCAAUACUCCAAUAUCAAAUGAUGUUAUUAUUCAAAGACAAUGGGUACCAUUAGGUCCAUCACUUUCCGUUGGUCUCUUCAAGAAUUGUUUUGGUGAUGCAAAUUUCUUUAUUGAAAAGUCAUCAUUUAAUUCAAUUGGUGGUUUCACUGAGGAAGUUGGUGUUGGUUUAGAAGAUCAUGAAAUUUUGGCAAAACUUGUUAUUCAAGGAUUUAAACUUUCCGUUUCAACUGAACCAUUAUUAUACUAUAGAUUCCAUGAUUCAGUCAAUCAAAUGAUUUUUACAACCGAUUCAAAAUCAAAUCAAAUGCGUUAUAUUCGUCCAUUCUCUGAAAUCCUAAGUAAUGGUCAUGUUCCAGUACUCAAGGUUUUAGCAAACAAUGCAAUUCAUGCUCAAAGUAAACGUGUUUUGGUAAACACUUGUAAUAUCACGCUUUCAUCGAUCCAUCCAAAUUAUGGUCCAACUUCUGGUGGUUCAUUGGUAUCUAUUAGUGGUUCUGGUUUUAAUUGUGGCAUUAGUAAUGUAUUGUUUGGUGGUGCUGCAUGCUCAAAUCCAAAGGUUAAAACAGAUGGACUCUUAACUUGUACAACUCCUUCCUCUGAUAAUAAUGGUCCAGCUGAUAUUGUUGUCAAAGGUUCUGAUGGUAGUACCGUUACAUUAACUGAAGCCUAUAACUAUGUUUCAACCAUUGCAAUUACUUCAUGUGCACUCGGUGCAAACAAUGGUAAUUUCUUUAGUUGUGAUAUCUCUUCUCCAGUUGAUACUUCAAAUAGGCCUUCAUGUAGUUCUCUUUUCUCUUCUGCAACUUUACAAACUUUGGGUAGUUCUCCAAGAUGUGAAUAUACUGCUUCAAACAUUCUAAUGGUUACAUUGGGUAGUGGUGAAAGUGUAUCAGUUGGCCAACAAUUGGAAUUUUCUCAAGGUGGAAUCACUUCAAAAGAUGGUAGUAAGAAUAAUUAUCAAACUAUAACAUUGGAACCACCACAAGAUUCAACUCCAGUGGUAGAUAUUAAAGCUCCAAAUGUUUUAGAUUCAUGUAGUCCAUUGGUAUUAGAUGCUAGUCAUUCAAAAGGUGGUAAUGGAAAAGCAUUAACCUAUGAUUGGUCGGUUAGUGGGGCAGAUACAAACACUCAAUUAAAUAAUCUAUUGGAUCAAAAUAAUGCAACCAUAACAAUUCCAAAUGAUCUUUUGUCAUCUGGUCAAACUUAUACUUUUACACUUAAAAUCACAAAUUGGUUAAAGAAAUCUGAUAGCGCAAGUGUUUCAGUAACAAAGAAAGAGGGUGAAGUUUUAGAUGUAACAAUUCAAGGUCCAAGUAUUCAUCGUAUGGGUGCAAUUGAUCUAACUCUUAAAGGUAAUGCUUCAGUUUCAAGUUGUUCAGUUGAUGGCGCUUCACAAAACACCAACACAAUCAAAUAUAAAUGGUCAAUUGUUCCAGAGAUUCAAUUGGCAAGUUCAAAAGAUUAUACAGGUCCAACUUUAAAUAUUCCUUCAAGUAAAUGGGUUUAUGAUACAACUUAUGUUAUUACAUUAACUGCAACCUCUGGUAAAGAGACAAACUACGAUAAUGUUACAGUUAUCAUUUCAAAGAAACCAAUCACUGCAGUAAUUGAUGGAGCCGAUAAAGAAUUCCCAUUAAAUACUUUAAUAACUUUAGAUGCUUCAAAAUCUUUUGAUCCAACAACUACUUCAACAGUUUCCAAAGAACUUGAUGAUUCAACCUCUACACAACAACAAUCAUUUACUUAUGCAUGGAGAUGUAUCAAUAAAAGUGGCAAAGAUUGCGGAUUAAAUUUAGAAUCUGAACCAAUUAUUACAUUUAACUCUUCAAGAUUGAAUGUUGGUGUUUUCCAUUUCUCUGUUGAUGUUACCCCAAAUGGUGAUGCCACAAGAAGUGGUUCUGCUAGUGCCACUGUUACCAUUGUAAAUACUCCAGUAAUUGAUGUUAUUAUCUCACCAUUACCAACAACCAUUGAUCCAACUCAAAAAUUGGUACUCUAUACAGUAGUUAGUGGUAAUGAUGCAUCUUCAUCAAAUUUAACCUAUGAAUGGAAUAUGCUCGAAGGUACUCUUGAACUUCCAUUAAAACAAGCCUAUAGUACCCCAAUGAAUAGUAGAAAUUUGGUAUUAAAGGCUGGUGCACUCGGUUCAAAAGUUGUCUAUAGAUUUUCAGUAGAUGUUAAAAAUAAGAAAACUGGUGCCACUGGUAAAGCAAUGGUAACAUUCACCACUGAAGCAAUCCCCCAAGGUGGUGAUAUCACUUGUUUAACAACAAGUGGUGAUGUUACCGAUACCUAUUCAAUUACAAUGGGCGAUCAAUGGACUGAUAAUUCUGGUAUUAAAUCCUACAAUUUCCGUUAUCGUGUAGGUAGUGGCCCAGCAAUCGCACUAAGUGAAUCCUCCUCUGAUAAUUCUAUCUCUACAAUUCUUCCACCAGGUCAAAUUACAAUAAUUGGUUAUGUAACUUCAAAUGAUGGUAUCACUGCAAGUAAAUCAUGUAAAAUUCAAGUAAAAGAAGCAAGCAACAUUGAGGAAGCAAUCAACUUUUUAAGUACAACUAUAACCAAUCCAGAUGUUUCACUUUAUCAACUUAGUGUAGCAUUGAAAAUUGCCAAUUCAUUGGUUCCUGAAACUUUGAGAUUAGCCAAGGCAUCAUCAAAGAAUGUUGUUUCAGAAACUGAUGAACAAUUCCAAGUUAUAAUGCCAGAAACUCCACAAUCUGCAAAUAAAGUUGUAUUUUCAAAGAAACCAACCAAUCCAUACCUUGAACAACAAGAAGAAACAAAACAAUUUGAUCAACCAACAGUAAAUAAGAAGAUGUCAGCAGCUGCAGUUGCCACUCAAAUAUCUCAAUUUAAAGCCAAUGGUAUUCGUCAAGUAAUGGACCAGGUUGUUAAACAAAAAAAACAACUCUCAAACUAUGGUAUUUCAACAGUUGUCGAUUUGAUAUCAACCUCUACAGAUACUUCAGCAGUUGUUCAUCCAUCAACUCUUAAAGAAUCAAUGAAUAUUAUGAAAGUAGUUAGUCCAAUGAUGGUUAAAUCACAAGUUUUACCAAGUGAUUUCAUUUUAUCUGUUAACUAUUUAAGUAAUGUCAAUCAACAAGUCAUUGGUCAACAAUCAAAUAUCACUCAAGGUAAAACUGCACCAACCUAUGCUGAUAUGGUUUAUAAUGUUUCUUCAGACAUUUUAGUGGUAUCCAAUUCAUUGGCAGAUGGUAUUCUUCAAAGAACUGCAAUUGGUGAAGAACCAUUUACAGUUGCAAGUGAUAAAGGUUUCUCGAUUACAACAUUUAAAACUCUACAUAUGGAAUUAAGUAAGAGUGGUCAAUCGAUUGGUUUCAAAAAGGAUGAUGAAGGUCAAUCUCUUGAUGGUGAAAAACUUGCUUUCACUCCAAAAUUCAGUAUUCCAUCAAGUGUUUUAUCAAAGAAUAAAUUAAAACAAACCUCUGAAAUCACUGGUAAACUAAUUACAGUUCCAUCAAAUAUUCAUUUCAAUCAUAAAUCUGAUCAAACCAUUUUCCCAAAAACUGUUUCACUUGAACUUUUCAAUGGUGGCUCUCAAUUAUCAAUCAAUGGCCUUAAAGAUCAAAUUAUCAUUGAUAUGGGAAAACAUUCACCACCAAAAGAUAAAGAAUUUAAAUGUGGUUGGUGGAGCUCCAAUAAAAAAGAAUGGUUAACAGAUGGUUGUUCAACCCAUAAAGUAGAUGGUAAUAUUCAAUGUAAAUGUAACCAUCUUACAGAGUUUGGUUUAAUUGAAUUUGCAAAAUCCUCUCAAAACAUUUGGAUCAUUAUUGGACCAGUAGUUGGUGGUGUUGUAUUUGCAGCUGCAAUGGUUGGUACUGUUGUAUUGGUAAAGAGAAAGAAAAACAAAAACAAAAAGAACAAAUCAAAGAAAACCAAAGAACAAAUCAACAAAGAAAAAGAAGACAAAAAGAAACAAGCAAAAGAAAAGAAAGAAGCUGAUAAAUUGGAAAAAGAAAAUAAAAAGAAAGAAAAAAAAGACUCCAAAAAACAACAAAAUGAUAAUGCUGAAGCCUCAGGAUCUGGUGAUCUUCCAAUACCAAAGAAUAAAAAAGAUAAAUCCUUUGGUGAUGAAAAUGAUGUUCAAUAUAUUCUUCAAGAGUUUAAAGAUAUCUUUGCUGAAGCUAAAAAGAGAGAACAACUUAAACUCUUGAAAAAUCAUCAACCAAUUUCACCUGUAACUUCAAUUGGUAAUGUAUCAAGUACAACUUCAACUCCAAUAACUUCUACAAUUCAACCAGUUAUUGAUGAAUCUUCAAGUAGUAAUAAUAAUAAUGAUAACAGUAAUACAACAACUACUACAACAACUACAACUACUACAACAAUAAAUGAUAGAGAUAAAGCAGCCAAGACAAUUCAAAAGGCAUGGAAAAAUUAUUGUAGUAUCAAACAACUUAAAAAAGAAGCUGAAGUUGAAGAAUUACUUGAAAAUAUUGGUGAAUUGUUAUCUGAUAAUGAAAGAGAUCCAUUUGAAAAUUAUCAAACAUUAGAUACUCAAAUCGAUGAUGAUGAAGAUAAUGAUCAACCACAAGACGAUAACAAUAAUGAAUCAAACGAACAAAUUGAAUCAAAUGAAGAUAUUGAAAAUAAAGAUGAAGAUGUUGAAAAUAAAGAUGAAGAUGUUGAAAAUAAAGAUGAAGAUGAAGAAGAUCAAAUCGAAAAUUAA